CAAAAUGAACUUUGGAACUGUAAAGCUGCUUUGUACGAUUGCCAACUGCGCAAUGAUCUUAAUUGUGACUAACAACUUUUUUCUUACUCAUGCCACGAGCGCAACAACAACUCAAGCCAGUUCUCUUGAAAUGAUUGGGCAUCAAAGCCCGCCCCGGAAGUUUUUCGUCCAAGUUUCAGUGAGUAAAAGAGUGAAAAAAGCUCAAGAAAACGUAGAGUUAUUUUUCGAGAGUGAAAGCACAAAUGAAGAGGGUUCUGAAGAAGGCUAUGAAGACGGCUUUGACUACGUGGAGUGUGGUGGCACCGUACUGGGUAGACUUUGGGUUCUUACUGCUGCAGAUUGUUUCAGUGGAAAUGUGAGGACAGUAGAAAUAACUGAUGGCGACUUCUCAGACUUCCUGAUAUCCGACUGGGAUGUGAUCAAGGCCCAUCAAUACUACAUUCAGCCCACAAUCGAAGAUGAAUCGGACUUUCGACCAGAUCCAGAGCCCAGACUGGCCCUAAUCAAAUUGCUUCGGCAUAUACCUUUUCAACGUUCGCUUCCUCUAUGUGGAUCACAAUCAGUUGAAGCCAGAAAAAAUCUUCUGGCAACUUGUGGUCUGGGUCAUACUCCUGCUUCUUACGUGGCCGAUCGAUUUUCUGGCGCGAGACUGGUGGAAAAUUAUUUCUGGGAGGAAAACAAUAGCUGUUCGUACGGAGUGUGUGUUCAAAGUCUAGUUCCGAGCUCUACUCGAAAAGCAUCGACAGGAUCACCUCUGUUCACUGUAGACUACGAUGACGAGAUGAAUGUUUCUUGUGUUUACGGAGUGGCGACUGAGAGAUUUCAGCAGACGGAAAGCUUUGUUUCCUCUUUUUUCGAGGACAAGCAGAAGUUCGAACCGGUCUUCAUUCGAGUCGACGGAGAAAACAAAAAGUGGAUUCUACAGACUAUGUAUAAAUACUGAAGUAUCACAGUGAACAGUUCUGCGCACUCAUCAAAUAUGUUUCGGAAAACUAUCAAAGCUUGAAAUUAGUGGGUUGGCAAACAUGCUGGUCAUAUAUUCUUAAGAUUAAAAUCACACUGGCAAAAUUGGAUUAAAAUCAAUUUGAGUAAAAGAUAAAAAGAUGUUGAAAAAAUACGAUGGAAUUGCACCAAUUGUCAACUGUUUUGAAUCAAU